AUGAGAGCGAAGAGGCGCAGAUUGUCUAUCCACAAAACCAUUUUGUGUAACGUUUCGGUAACUAUCAACAGCUACCCACAGAGUGAAUUGUAUAUAAAAGCGGGCGAUGUGACAUCCAAUGUAUCAGUUCCAUCUUUUCUGCUGUUUUCAAAGAUGACGAUGGAUAAGAAAUUCGAAACCGAGAAAGUGAAGAGGUUCGCAUUCUUCGGAAUCGCUGUCUCCACGGUGUCUACCCUCACUGCCAUCGUCGCCGUGCCAAUGCUUUGUCUUUACCUCCAAUCGGUCUCUUCUUCCCUUCAAGAUGAAGUCAACUUCUGCCGAGUUCGUGCCACUUCUCUUGAGGGAGAGCUUGCCAAGCUUAAUGUAGUCCGAGCUCCAAGAAAGGCACGUGCUGCUGAGGGAACCUGCUGCUCCUGCGGAGUUGGAUCAGCUGGACCACCAGGACCACCAGGAUUUGAUGGAUCCGCUGGAAAGGAUGGAUCAAACGGACGUCCAGGAAACCCAGGAGAGGAUGCUGAUGGAGAUGACUACAAGCCAGAUGCAAGCCAAUUCUGCUUCGACUGCCCAGAGGCUCCAGCUGGACCACCAGGACGUCCAGGACCAGACGGAGAGAACGGAGGAGCUGGAGAGCCAGGACGUGACGGACUUGCUGGACGCCCAGGAGCUCGUGGAUCACCAGGACCACGUGGACCAUCUGGAAACCCAGGAGCUGAUGGACCAGCAGGACAACUUGGACCACAAGGAGGAUCAAACGUUGCACCAUCUCCAGCCGGAGAGCCAGGAGCACCAGGAGCCCAAGGACCAAAGGGACCACCAGGAGCCGCUGGACGUCCAGGACGCGACGGACAACCAGGAGCACCAGGAGACCAAGGAGAGAAUGGACCAGACGGAGCCCCAGGAAAAUCUGGUUCCGACGGACAACCAGGAGCCCCAGGAAAGGAAGGAUCCCGCGGAGGAUGCGACCAUUGCCCACCACCAAGAACCGCUCCAGGAUAUUAAUUCCUUCAUUAGAAAUUAUAUUAGCCAAUUUCACUUCUUCUCUUUCAAUGUGUUUCUUGUUUCAUUCACCACAAAUGAACUGCCACAGCAAAACAUUGUUAUUUCUUAACUUGGGAA